AGCGCACAUAAAAGAGGAACAAAGAGAGCAGGAGGGAGGAGAGCAGAAGUGAGCCUGAGGAGGCAGCAGCAGCUGAGAACUGCACUUGGACCUGUGCUGUGGGACCAGAUUUGUGUAUGUUGGCAGAUUGCUAUGACCCAACCACAAAUGGCUCCCAUUUGUCUUGUGGAAAACCACAAUGAACAGCUGUUGGUGAACCAGGAAGCCAUAGAGAUUCUGGAGAAGAUUUCUCAGCCAGUGGUAGUCGUGGCUAUUGUUGGAUUGUACCGUACAGGGAAGUCCUAUUUGAUGAACUGUCUGGCGGGACAGAAUCAUGGUUUCCCUCUGGGCUCCACUGUGCAGUCUCAGACCAAGGGCAUCUGGAUGUGGUGCAUGCCCCACCCCACCAAGCCAGAGCACACCCUGGUCCUCCUGGACACCGAGGGCCUGGGGGAUGUGGAAAAGAGUAAUCCUAAAAACGACUCAUGGAUCUUCGCCCUAAGUGUGCUUCUGAGCAGCACCUUCGUCUACAACAGCAUGAGCACCAUCAACCACCAGGCCCUGGAGCAGCUGCAUUAUGUCACAGAACUCACUGAGCUGAUCAGAUCAAAGUCUUCCCGAAAUCCCCACGGAAUAAAGAAUUCCACAGAGUUUGUGAGUUUCUUUCCAGACUUUGUCUGGACUGUUCGGGAUUUCAUGCUGGAGCUGAAGUUAAAUGGGGAAGACAUCACAAGUGAUGAGUACCUGGAGAAUGCCCUGAAGCUGAUCCCAGGUUACAAUCCCAGAGUGCAAGCAUCCAAUUCAGCCAGGGAAUGCAUCAGAUGUUUCUUUCCUAACCGGAAGUGUUUUGUCUUUGACCGGCCAACUCAUGACAGAGAACUCUUACAAAAACUUGAGACUAUCUCAGAAGACCAACUGGAUCUUAAGUUCCGGGAAGGAACAAAGGCUUUUGUUUCUUAUGUCUUCACUUAUGCCAAGAUCAAGACCCUCAGAGAGGGAAUUAAGGUCACCGGGAAUAGACUGGGUACUCUGGUGACAACUUACGUGGAUGCCAUCAACAGUGGAGCAGUGCCUUGUCUGGAUGAUGCUAUGACAAGUGUGGCCCGGCGUGAGAACUCAGUAGCUGUGCAGAAGGCAGCCGACCACUACAGUGAGCAGAUGGCCCAGCGACUGAGGCUUCCCACAGACACUCUCCAGGAGUUGCUGGAUGUGCAUGCUGCCUGCGAGAAGGAAGCCAUGGCUGUCUUCAUGGAGCAUUCCUUCAAGGAUGAAAAUCAGCAAUUCCUGAAGAAACUGGUGGAAAUAAUCAGUGAGAAGAUAGCUUUUUUCUGGUUGAAGAAUGAAGAGGCAUCGAAUAAAUACUGCCAGGAAGAACUGGAUCGACUUUCAAAGGAUUUUAUGGACAAUAUCUCAACAUUCUCUGUUCCUGGGGGACACAGGAUUUACACGGACAUGAGGAAGAAGAUUGAACGUGACUACUGGCAGGUUCCCAGGAAAGGGGUGAAGGCAUGUGAAGUCUUCCAAAACUUUCUCCAGUCACAGUACAUCAUUGAGAGUUCCAUCCUGCAGGCAGAUAGAGCCCUCACUGCUGGGGAGAAGGCCAUUGCAGAGGAGCGUGCCCAAAAGGAGGUAGCCGAGAAGGAGCAGGAGCUACUAAGACAGAAGCAGAAGGAGCAGCAGGAGUAUAUGGAGGCUCAAGAGAAAAGGAACAAGGAAAACCUAGAGCAACUGAGGAGAAAGCUGAUGCAGGAGAGAGAGCAGGACAUCAAAGACCAUGAUAUGAUGCUGGAGAAGCAACUGAAGGAUCAAAAGGCUUUCCUUGAGGAAGGAUUUACGAACAAAGCUGAAGAAAUAAAUGCAGAGAUAGAGAGACUGGAACAUAACAUCAAGGAUAAGAAAGAAAACAUUGGUCCCAUUCUGGAACUUAUCGAAAAAGCAUUUUGUGCAGGGGUUUUUAGUUCCCUUAUCAUGGUUGCAUUGUUAACACACAAUCCUUCACUUUUAAGGAAAUGAUAGACUGUGACAUAAGCAUUGUUUUAUUUCAAAGCUGCCUGUUUUCUAUUUUCACUCAGCGAAGGUUAAAUAUAAAAGUGCUGAUUUGAGGGUGGCUGUGUCCUGCACACAUGAACAGAACAGCUCAUGCAUGGCUGUACAGACAAUGCUUGCCUUUAGAGGACACAUUUUUUUUUAAAUGAGUCCAAUAGAAGAUAUGCAAUUAGUCAUUACAUGCCAUUACUGUUGACUGCAUAUAGAGUCAGCUAUGAGACAAGGCUUUCCAUACUCCUUUGAGGAAUAUGUAGCCCAAGUUUGCUUGUGGGGGAGUAUCUCAGAUUAAUACAGUAGGGAACCCAUCCUAUGUGUGGACGGGACCAUUCCUGUGGACUGAAGACACAGUAGAAAGAUGAAAGCAAUCUUCCUACCACUUGUGGCUUCCUGACUGUGGAUGCAAUACAACAAGCCAGCCUCGACUUCUCUCAGAAUGCAUUAUCCAGCCUUGACAGAAUGUAUUAUCAUGAUUCAUGGACCACAACAAAUCCUUUCUUAAGUUGGUUUUGUGAGGGUAUUUCAUCUCAGCAAGAGGAAAAGUCAUUGAUAUCAUAAUCGUGAUAAUCCUGGAAUCUACUUAAACAUCACUUUUUAGAUUGGCAAUGAAUUUUAGUAUGACUUGAUCUUGGAGUACUAUAUAGUCAAGAAACAAAUAACAGUCAAGCUAUCUGUAUAAUGAUCUAAAUUGAGCUAAAAUAUAUCUUAAAAGUAAAGUCAAAACACCAUAAAACUGUGCGAUUAUUAUUAGAAAUGCUACUAUUCCAUGCAAACAUACAAGAACACAAAUGAAAUGCCCUCUGGAAGAUUAGUAAAAACCUUGGUCUACUGGCUUCAUCUAGAGAGAAUAAGUUGGAGUCAAAAGUUGAAGUGAUGCCUGCAUUCCAUGACUUUUUCAAUCUUACACAUUUAAUGAAGAGUGCUGGGAAAGGGAAUUUACAUUUUUAGAUAGUCACAAUAAGUUAAAACUCACCACUGCAUGAUGAAGUCUCUGCUUCUAGAAAUGGCAAAAGCCACCGCAGACCAAGACUUGAGUACCAGGAAGUAUAACUUUUGUGGCUUAAUGAUGUUUUCCUUUGUGGCUUUGCUUUUUUAAAAAUAAUUUAAAUAACACAUUUUAUGUAAACCAAUAUAUCAAAAUAUUAUUUCCACAGGCAGGCAAUACAAUUUAUGCAUGCCACAUUUACAUCACAUUUAUUUAUUUGCAAAGUAACUGGGAAACUGUAUUAAGAAACAUAUGAUAAUAUAGAGUAUAAGAGAAUCUAUGGGGCACAAGGGAGGUGGACAGCUCAGAGAUGGCUCAGUUGUCAAGAGUGCACAAUGUUCAUCCUGGGUAGCUCAGUUCCUGGGGCAGGUAACAAGGAACGGUAAAUCUAACUCCAAGGGAACUCACUUCCUUUUCUGACCCCCAAGGACUCCUGGUAUUUCCAUUACAUAUCCCCAGGUUAUACAUAUACAUAUUUACAAGUAAGAUGUAAAGGAAUGUACUGUUAACAUUGAUAAUGGGCCAUAUAGGUAAAGAGACCCAAGGACCCUUAUUAGUGCAUUAAUGAAUAUAAUGUAUUUAGAAUGUACCCGCCGCAGCUCCUCUAAGACAUCCUGCAAUACCCCUACAAACUUCAUGUCUUCUUCUCUUCCUCCACCACUUCCUCUUUCCUCAUACUCUGAAUAAAUUAAUGCUGGCCUCAUGUCCCUGGGCAUUAGACACCAUCUAUCAGACCAUGAACAAUUUAUCAUGAAGCACACCCCCAUAGAAAACACACGCUCCCAGUGACCACAUAUCAAAUGCUAGUAGUUCUUCAGCUAGGGGUGGGGUCUCAUGAGCUCACUGCCUCUCCACACUGGAUGUUGACUGGCUUGAUAGUGUGUAUUUUGUGCCAACAAUCAUAACUAUUGUCAAGCCCCCAUCAUAUCCAGAAAAUAUUAUUUUAAAACAGUGUGAUCUUAUUUAUAAAAUAGUUAGCUUUAUUAUUUCAAAAUUAUAUUGUAGACAUUCCUAUGAUUACUGGAAUCUUGGAGUAGCUUACUUCCUCUGUCUUCAUGUCUUGUAAGAUGUCAUGUUCAAAAGAAUGAACAGUGAAAAGGAGAGUUCUUGGUGCUGUUUUAUUGGGAGCCAUUUUGUUUGCUUCUGCCUGCCAGGCAGAGUCAAGGCAGGUCAGCAUCUACUGGCAGAUUUUCUGGCCUACUGACUCAUGUCACAAUAAGAGGAAAUUCACUUGAGGCUCAAGGCAAGGGGAUGAACAUUCUAUGAAUCUCGGUGGAAGGAACAGGGAAGCCUCUGGAUGGGUACUGAUAUCCUGUGUGUACAUCAGCCAUUGUUUCUGAUACCUUGUGACUUUGUUUCCCAUGGUACUGAGGAAUAUAAGGAGACAAAUAAAUAAAUACAUAAACUUGAGGCUGAUAUGCUAUUCCCCUGCAUCCUUCCCCAUUCUAAUGUUUGUCUUUGAGUCUUCUUUCUGUCUUUCCUAUAAUUAUCCUCACUCCCCCUUCAGAGUCUGGUCUAACUUGUGUUGAUUGGACUGGCAUACUCUUUCAUUUAGGUAGUGACUUCACUGAAGUGGCGAGAAUCAGGUCUUUUCAGAACUAGAUCCCUUGAUGGGGAAUUGCCACACCCACUCCAGUGGAGUCUCAGUGACAAGUCCAAAAACAUGGCCAGAGUCCUGAGGCAACAAGUUUCACUGAAACUGGUCCUUGGUAUGCCUUAACAUGGAUGUGGUCUAGAUUUUCCCUUGAGAUAGUUGGUAAAGGGAUUUCUUUCAGUAUUGUUUAUUAUAGGAGUCCCCAAGGAAUAUUUGACAAAUAACCAAGGUAGAUUUGACAUUUUCCUGGUCUCUACCCGUGUUCCAACAUCCUAGUUAAGCGUUGAGCCAACCCUCAACUUUGAAUUUCAUAAGAAUGUUACUUAUUCAGACGAAAUGUCUCAAGUUUUGAUAGAGAGAUAGUGAAAGAAAUCAGGCAUUGCAGUUUACUGGAUAGAGUUAGAAAUUUCAGGGUAAGUUCAACAAAGUAAGCUUAGAAUUCUCAUUGCAGUCAUGUAUGGCACACUACAUUUCAUAAUAGAAUGAAAUAGAGUAAAAUCUUAGAAGAACAGCUGAGUCACUCCCAUAUGCAGGAAUUUAUAAUGGUCCAGGAAGAAGGUGUGUUGUGGUUUAAGGAAGAACAAUAGUAUUGUAUGAUUCAUGAAAAAGUUAGCCAGAACAGAUCCCCCCUUAUGCAUGUUUUAUGCCCCAGAGGCAUAGCAUAAUUGGGUGUUUACUAAGGGAUCCCUGGUGGUGGGUUACACAAUAGACUGGAAUUAUGGCUAGGGUAGGAAGCCCAUGCAACUGGCUCCUAAGAAUAGCUGACUUUUGAUAGGGCUGGUUAUUUUUAUCUCAGUUGCAAACACUGCCUGGUUCCUGCUAGUUUUUAUGUAUGCAUUUCUCUGUUUUCUAUACAGAGUCAUUAUUCUUUGGAUGACUUCAAUGUAUCUUGGCUGAUGUAUUACCUAACUUCCCUGUUUUCUUCUGUAAUGACUAUAUAAUCCUGGUGUUUGCUUUGAGGAAUUACAGUCAGAUUCAGUA